AUGACCUUACAUUCACUGCGAUUCAACAAUACGCUGAGGGAGGAAAACGCCAACCCCCAAAACAGGGGGACGACCUUCUCGAGACCAGUGACAGAAACCAGAGCAGAGGUCCAAAUUCUGCGUUCUCACGUACAGUUGCCUAUAGCCUCAACUUCAGCUUCAGACCCUGGAGGCAUGUCCACACAGCUAAUGACAUCCCCAGCCUUUGACACCAUGUCUGCACCUCUAAUGGGAGCACCAAACUCUGGAGCACUCUCCCCACCACUAAUGCCAACCUCAGACUCUGGGACACUGUCCCCUUUACUAAUGCCAUCCUCAGAUUCUGGGACACUGUCCCCAUUGUUAAUGCCAGCCUCAGAUUCUGGAGUGCUCUCCCCAUUGCUGUCCACUUCAGACUAUGGGUUAAUGUCCCCAGGGCUGAUGACAAUUCCUGACUUUGGAACGAUGUCCACAGCACUAAUGGCAGCACCAGAUUCUGGAGAGAUAUCACCAUUGGCAAUGCCAGCUUCAUCCUCUGGAGUGAUGUCUACACCUAUAAUGAGCACUGCAUCCUCUGAAGCAGUGUCCACACCAUUAAUGCUAGCCUCAGAUCCUGGAGAGAUAUCCCCACUGCUAAUGCCAGAUAUAAAUCCUGGAGAGACGUCUGCACAGCAAAUGACAACUCCAGGCUCUGAAGCAAUGUCCCCUUUGCAAAUUACAGAUGAAGACACUGAAGCAAUGUCCAAAGUGCUAAUGACUGCUCUAGCCUCUGGAGAGAUCUCUUCCCUGCUAAUGUCAGGCACAGACUCUGAAGCAAUAUCCUCACUGAUAAUGUCAGCCCUAGCUCCAGGAGAAAUGCCAACCCAGCCAAUGAGCACCCAAGACUCUGGGGGAAUGCCCACCCCAGUAAUGUCAGGCCCAGACUCUGGAGUAAUGUCCUCACUGCUAACAUCAGCUCCAGGCUCUGGAGCAAUGUCCACACCACUACUGUCAGUUCCAGAUGCUGGAGAAAUGUCCACAUUACUAAAGCCAGCCCCAGACUCCGAAGCAGUGUCCCCACUGCUAAUGACAGCUGUAGCCUCUGGAGGGAUGCCAACUCAGCUAACGCCAGGCCCAGGUUCUGGAGUGACGUCCCCACUAUUAACACAAAAUCUAGACUCUGAAAUCAUAUCUCCUCCACCAAUGAGAACAACAGCCUCCGGAGUGAUGUCCACAUCGCCAAUGAGAGCCUCAGAUUCUGGAGCAAUGUCCACACCGCUAAUGAGAGCCACAGCCUCUGGAAGUAUGUCUACAUUGCUAAAGACAGUUCCAGUCUCUGGAGCAAUGUCCACCCCACCGAUGACAGUCACAACCUCUGGAGCAAUGUCCACCGAGAAAAUGUCAGCCCCAGCCUCUAAAGUGAUGUCCACACAGUCAACAAUGGCCAAAAAUUCUGGAGCAAUAUCCACAGGGUUUAUGAAAGCCACAGCCAGUGGCGCAAAGUCCACACAGCGGACAAGAGCCUCAGUCUCUGGAGUGAUGUCCACACCACUAAUGACAGCCACAGCCCCUGAAACAAUGUCCAUGCCGCAAUUUACAGCCCCAGCCUCUGGAUCGAUGUCCACACUGCAAAUGAGAACCCCAGACUCUGGAGCAAUAGCCCCAGCCCCGGGAGCAAUGUCCACGCUGCAAACAAGAGCCCCAAGCUUUGGCUCUAUGUCGACACCACAAAUAACAUACACAGCUUCUAGAGGGAUGUCCACAUUACCAACAAAAGCCUCAGCUUCUGGAGCAAUGUCCACGCCAAUUACGAGAGCCUCAUCUUCUGGAACAAUGUCUGUGCCACUACUGAGAGCCACAGUCUCUGGAGAGGUGUCCAUGCCACAAAUGACAGCCAUGGCUUCUGGAGGGCUGUCCAAGCCGCUGAUGAGAGCCCCAGCCUUGGAAGCAAUGUCCACACCACAAGUGGAAGCCACAGCCUCUAGAGUGAUGUCCAAUCCAGAAACCAAAACCACAGACUCUGGAAAGACAUCCACCUGUCACAUCAACACCACAGCCUCUGGAUCAAAGUCCACACCACGUGCGACAGCUACAACCCCUGAAAUGAGGAACCCACCACCAAAGGAAGUCCCAUCCUUUGGAAUGUUGACCCCAGCACUCUGUUACCUCUUAGAAGAGCAGGAAGCGGCCCGAGGUUCAUGCCCUGUGGAAGAGGAGAUGGAGAUUGAUGAAGAGAAGCAGAUGAAGUGUUUUUUGGAUGAUUCAGAGAAAAUGGCUUUUCUGGUGUCUCUUCAUUUGGGGGCAGCAGAGCGGUGGUCCAUCUUGCAGAUGGAGGUAGGAAACCCCCUUUCAGCUGAAAAUAAAUCUUUCCUGAGCAGAUCACAAGGCUUAUAUGAAUCCUUAUCUGAGGUAGACAUCCUCAGUGCUGUUCUUUGCCAUCCCAAGCAAGGCCAGAAGUCAGUCAGGCAGUAUGCCACUGACUUCCUACUGCUGGCCAGACAUUUGUCUUGGUCUGAUGCCAUUUUACGGACCAGGUUUCUGGAAGGACUCUCAGAAGCUGUUGCCACCAAAAUGGGCCGGAUCUUCCUGAAGGUGGCCAGCAGCCUAAAGGAGUUGAUAGACAGGUCUCUCUACACUGAGUGCCAGCUGGCUGAAGAGAAGGAUUCACCAGGCAACUCAAGCCAGGAUUUGCCAUCAGCCUGUAAGCGGAAUAAUGAGGAGGCAAUGGAGAAUGAACUGAACUCACAUCAGCAGACUGAGGAGCACCAGCAUGUUCCCAAACGCUGUUACUACCUGAAAGAGCAUGGAGACCCCCAAGAAGGUCUUCAUGAUCACCUUCGACAGAGCACAGGCCAUCAGAAGGCCCCCACUGACAAGUAA